AUGGUAACAAGACAUUCAACAUUAGAUACAAUUUCAAAUAAUUUAUUUACAAAUAUUGAACGAUUAGGUACACGUGAUUUAUUAUCCUAUGAACAACUUUCAUAUGAUACUAUAUUAACAUCAAUCCAAAGUAAUAAUACAUUACCAUUAUCAGUUAAUAGUUUAUUUGAUCGUUUACUUUCUCGUCAUGGUCUUAAUUUAACAUCAUCAUUACAAAUUCUAAUUGAACUAUAUAUUCGUUGGUUAACAAAAAAUUCAAAUAAUUUUUGUAUUCAAUUAAAAAAGAAAUUAGUAGGUUCAUUUAUAUAUCUAUCUGAUUUAUUUCCAUCAUCACAGCAAUUAUCAAAUUUAUAUGAUUUAUGUGAUGAAUAUUUUCAUACAUGGUUUGAUAAAGAUGAUUUAAUGAUAUCAUUAAUAAGUUAUAGUUUAUGUAAAUCUGAUAUAUUAUUUGGACAAGCAACAAAAGAAUAUAAUGAAUUAUAUAUACAUUUAAUUGAACGUAAUUAUAAAUUAAUAACUAAAACUCAUGCAUAUGCAUCAUGUUUAUUUUUACUUGAAAGUCAUGAAGUUGAUUUAAAUUUAUAUGAUAUUUUAUUAUCAUUAAUUAAAGAUGAUAAUUUAACACAAAAAAUUAUAUCAAUUAGUCUUGAAAGACUUUUAAUAGUUGGUCAAUAUGACAAAAAUGAUAUAUGGCGUUUAUAUGAAUGUUCAAUAACAAUAAUACGUCAAUGA